AUGCCCGCGUCAAUAUCGAUCAGAACAGGUAUUCGGUGGAUUCAUAUCACUGCCGAUAGUGCAGAUGAGACAAAAUGGGGAGAGUGGAGUGAACCGACGGAUACAGUAGUUUUGACUGCAUCGAAUGGCUGGUUCUUGGAUGUCCGAUUUCUGAGGGACGGGGGGGAGUUAGAUUGGGCGUUUGCAGGGAGAAGAAGUGUCAAAGGGAAGAUAACCAAGUUCGAGCAUAUGAUUGAUUCCAGAACGACGGACGCAGAAACUAUGGUGGACGAGGGGGAGAAUAUGGAAAUGGAAGACGGCAGUAUCGUCGAAAGAGGGAAGAUGGUAAACCCUGCAAUAGGGAGUUUGAUGCUUUACGAGGAGAAGUGGCGCGAGGAAGAGAGUAGCGGAGGGUUGAUCAUCAGACGCAAGGGCAAGCAGGAUGUAUGGCAAGCGAUGGUCGGGGAUUAUCAGCUGGGAUUGGGGAGAUACCAGGACGGCGGGUUCUGGGCGUGGCAAGCUCGAAAGAGGGACGGGGUAUGGCAGACGAUACAUUCCACGAAGAAUGCCGACCCAGAAGACUCGCAUUGGCUCGUUUUGGCCAACGAGUAG